AUGAUGCGACGGUCUCAAACUGUGGAAGGCAGCACAGACUCGUCGUCUCCAGAAGGCGGCGGAGGCGGCACGACGCCUACGAAGUCGUCGUCGAAGAAAGAGCGAUGGUCGUUCGCGCUCAAACGACGAUGGUUCUCCUCGUCAACGAGCAGACACAGUCACGAUCAUGACGUGGCAAUUGUGCAGCCGGCCAAAACGACGCUAGGAUCGACUGGAAACAGCCAUGGUAGACUGUGAUACUUCUGGCAGAAUUCUGGGAAAAAAUGUGACCGUUGGCCCGCCCCUGCCCCGCAUGAUAAAUUACCAGAGAAUUAGGAAAAACAAGCUGACAUCAUGCUUCCCUAACGCGUUCGUUUUCAGCAGAGCCCGGCAGCGUGCCCGACCGACCCGACGACUCGACCGGAUCCGCCGUCUCAAAGCGGAAAUCGUUGCGGUAAGUCGUCUUUUAAUCCUUCAGAAGGAAAGUGCCACUUGAAAAAUUGGAUGGGUCGCUCGCCCUCUCACUUUUUUGUUGUUGUCGAAUUGCCAGUUGUCCGGCCACCCUCUGGCGUCGUCGUCGUCGUCUUCCGAAAAAAUGAUGACGAAGGAAAAGAAGAGAAGAAAAAGAAGGCAUUCCCUUCUUCUUCUUCCUCUUCUUUCGCUCGUUAUUCGAUUCGAAAAUGCGGUGCUGCCAUGCAAAAUCAACGCUUCGUCGACGCAUUUCACUUCCCGUCUCGGCCGCCUUUUUACUCGCUUGCCAACUCUUUUUGAAACGCCGAAAACUCGCAAUUCGAGCCCACUUUAGCUGUUCUCUGGCCAUUUCGAAACCGAGCGCUGAAAGGUGUAAUAAGAAUGAGCUCAAUGAGCAAGACGCUUAUUCAUAUUUGUAAAAAUAUCCGAUUUCAUCUUCGAUCGCAAUUUCUUAUUCAGAAGGCUCGUUUCUUCGAGUCGAAUUCAUAAUUUGCUCCAAUUUGCCGCCGAAGACUGUCCAAGUUCUCUGGCCGCAAACAUUCGCUCUUUAUCGGAUUACACUCCCAUGUUCUGGGACUCGUUCCCGUUUCUGCUGUUAUUAGCUCCUUCUUAUUCUUCUUCUUCGUCUUCUUUCAUUCUCUUCCACAUGUUGACCGUCUCAUUCAUCCUCAUAGCAUGCUCAGGUUAGUCUCAGUCCCCUUCAUCGAAUGCUACUCCCGAAAACAUUCUGGAGGCCCUCUUCUUUCCUAAUCAACUCGGAUGCUUAAUUUUAUUUACCCGCUCGCUCCAUUCUCGAGAACAACGUCAUCAAUUGCAAUUCGGUUUCAUGAGUCACUCUGUCGUUUCGUCCUGCAACAAAUGCAAAAGCAGCUGCCGUCGCUGUAAUAGAAUUAAGAAAGGAAUGCGAAGAAGGCGAAACACCGCAGUCGUUCUCGAAGUGAACUUGCAAAGCUCGAGUGGCUUCUCAGAAGUCGUCUCUCUGCCCGAUCCGAACUUUGCUCUCAUGACCGUUCCAUCUCUUCGCUCUCUUCCGAUCUUCUGUUCUUCAGCCUGCCCACUGUGAAAUAGAGCCCAAUCAAAUUAUGACGGUCUCUCUUCCUUUCUAUCUUCCUCUUUUUGUGUGCUUCCUUUCUGGCCGGCAGCAUGCACACAAUCGAAUCAACCCCCGAUGUUUUCGGGACACGGCGCCUCCUUCUCUGCCUCUCAUCCAUUUCGGUCCUCCUCCUCCUCCUACCGCCUGUAUUAUAAACAUUUGUCGUAUUUCACUGCCUCUCACUUUUGGCAAACAUCAAAACAGUGAUUUUUGUCGUCAUCAUCGCGAGAGUUAGUUGCCUCCAGAAGGACAUCUACUACAUCCUAUUUUGGAGAGAACCAAUCUGUGCCCACGCCUUCAUCCUCAUCAAAUAAGGAGAGGAGGAAGAACAUUCUUCGCUGCGCUUUUUAUCGCCGUGUUGCCCGCCUUCACAGCAUCGGCACCUCCUCCCUUCACUUCACAACAAAACGAAGAAGAACAAGAAGAACAAGAAACGAGUUUCGACGUCUGCGUCACUGUCUCUCUCACCCUCUUUAAUCAUCACGACACGGUUUUACUCCUAUUCCUACUUUUAUUGAUCAUGCCGUGCGCGAAUCUGAUGCCACGUUGCAAGCAAGAGUUCAGGUAGGCACUGUUUGAGCCCACGUCACUUCUGUAAACACGAGCGGAAGACACAAUACGAUGGAAUUAUCUUUCUCUCUCUUUCUCUUUUCUUUCUCGGUAUGGGGGAGGAGGAAUGUGGAAACUGAGGUUCGUGGGUGUUAUCAAAACAGUUUAAAUGGAAGAGCCUCGUGCAAUCAUUCGGAAACUCUUCUAUACUUCCUGAUCUUCCGACCCAUUUCCUUCUAACAUGUUCCGACUGCUCGUUGCGACGUGUCACAAGUUGUGCGUGUGCCCGACAAGUCCCUUGUGUUCCGAACCCCAUUUGCCCUCUUCCCUCCCGGCUCUCCUUGUUCCUCCUCGAAUGUUUUUUGUGUCGAAUAGGAAGAGAGGGAGGAGGAGCGCCAGAGGCUUCUUCUUAUUCUUCUUUUUCUUCGUCACUUUUUUUUCUUCUUCUUCGGACCGAGGAAGGAGGAGCUUCAUGGGCUGCUCUAUCUUUGGAGCUCCUUCUCUACCGAGCAACUCGAAAACGGGACCCUUUUCACCCUCUCUCUCUCUCCCUCUUUUUCUCUUUCGCGGUGCCGCCGUCCCCUUUCUCAACUGGUCUCGUUUUUUUCGGAAGCAUUUAAUGAAGUGGAGCUCUUCUAACUGCUCCACCACCAGUUCUCCUCCUCGCUCCACUCCAUUCCCCUCGAGAAGAGUCGUAAAACUGAAGACCGCGACAAAUGUCUUCGUUUUUUCUUUUCCUCCCUCCCUGCUUUUCUUGUCCUCUUCUUCUUCAUCUUCUCAUAUCCGCAUUAGUUUUAUGUUCGAAGCUCAUUUAUAAUCCGCUUCGACGCCCUUCUUCGGCCCUUGAUCCGUCGUGGAGUCCGUGCACUUUGUCUGCUCUUCAGAGCUCUUCUCCACUUUUCUCCCAAAGGCCAAUACCAGAAUUGAAGAGGCCUCCGUGUUAUUCUCAGGAUUCAUUAGUAUACUAAUAGUAAGCAACCACAAAUACAGAAUGAUUCCAAUUUGCGUUUUUGCGCCGUUGAGCAGUCUCUUUCUGAGAGAGCAGGUUCGUUGCUCUCAGUGUCAGUGUCAGGAAAAGAAAGAGAAUUGAGAGGGGAAAGGCGGAGAUUCCUUCGGCAGAUUCCUCCUUCUCGUUCUUGUUCCGUUUUUUUCGUGUUCGUCUCUUCUAGAACCGCGCCUGUUUCCAUUGCGAUACGAACCUGCGGAAGAGUCGACUCGUCGAUUGAAAUGCCAUAAAUGAUGGACCAUAAAAUAUUUAUUCACUCAGCUUUCUCCUCUUCUCCCUCCUAUCUUACUCUCUUUUUUCGCUUUUUCAUCCGUUUUCGAGAAAAAUGCUCGUCUCGAGAGGAAAUUGGUCGGGCCGUCCUCCCGUCCGUACUGCUUAAGCAAGAAGAAGGAAAAAGAAGAAGAAGAAGAUGGAGCACGAAAAAUGACGAAUGGGCUAGUGCAGUUAGGUUAAGAUGCUCUUUCUUCUUCUCUCGCCCCGGACAGAAUAGAUUGUCUUGAAACGUGUUCCGGAAACUGUCAGUCCUCAAAAACCACAGCGUCCGCCCGCUCGCUCCUCAUAAUUGCCUCCCACGUAAUCCAUCUGCUUUUCUGCUUCGCUGAACUUUUAAGUUGUUUUUUGGAAAGCUGCGUGACGCUCCGGAUGCCACCGACACAUUCAUGCUUUUGUUAUCCUUCCCCAUUCCUCUUGAACACAUCUCGAUCAUUCGGCUAUCAGAAGAAGGGAAGAUCAGGUCGAAAAGAUCCUCAUCGUUUCCUCGGGGCAUUCCCUUUAACGCCUCCCGCGUUCUGUUCUAUGGAUGUGUUGUUUUUGUUGUCGCGCUCGUGGCCCCCUGGUGCGAAGCGGUUAGAGGCGGAUAAGAAGCUCGACGACGCCACCGAGCUUCUCUCUCUCUCUUUCUCUCGCUCCUCUGCCGCCUGCAAAGUUGUUGCCCUGCGGCAGCUUCGUAGUGGGGCUGUGAAUGAUGCGGGCAGCAGAAAAGAGAAGAAGUAGGAGCGGGAGAAGUAGGGAGAGAGAGAGAGGGGCGAGGAGCCUAUGAAGGGCUACCAUAUAUGUAUAUUUAUCUGAAGGGCUUUGCCUGGCCCCUACCGCCUCCUUCUCCUCCUCUCAUCACUUUGUCGCCGCCGCCGCCGCCGCGUCCUCGGCCGUUUCAUCGACGUCUUCUUCUUCUUCUUCUCCUGCUGCUACUGGGGGAGAAGAGCAGCAGAGCAACGGAGUCGGCCGCCGCUCUAAUAUCUUUUUGUGUGCCUGCCUUCAGCUUCAGGCUCCUCAACUGCACACCGCGCGUCCGCAUCGAUCUCUCUGCUGUCUCUUCGCUUGCUUUUUUGCAUUCCUAAUUCGUAGUAUCGUGUUUCUCUUCUUAUUCGUCGUCGCCGCUCGACUUCCUCUCCAUUUUGUGCUCUCUCUUCAAUUUGAAAGGCGCCUCCCUCAUUUCCGCUUCUCAUGAGUGCGAAUUGGCCAGAAGAAGAAGAAUAAGAAGAUGUACUUGAUUGAAUACAAAACAUAAAUGGCACAUUUUCGCUCUUCCGAUCUCUGGGAGCCGAUUGUCAGACAGACUACAAUAGAAGCCCCCUUGCACAUUUUGCUGAUUUUCGAUUCAGGGGGACAUAACAUUUGCAUAUGUUUAUCGUCCCGCAGUGCGCCUCCGAUUUGUCCUCUUUUUUUGCAAAGUUUUUUGCGAAAAAAAGUGGGAAGAAAAGUUGAUGUUUUCGAAAAACGCGUAGGGCGACGAUAAGCGGGAAGCAGAAAAUGCAGAAAAAGAAGAUGGAAAAGAAGAGCUCAUUCCAAUUUGCUCCUUCUUCGUCUUUUUCUCUUUCUUCUUCGUCUUCAUCGUCCACUUUUGUGUAUCCAUUCCAAUUCCUUUCUCGCGCACUUUCCCAACCUAUUCCGACCCAAUAACAACUGUGUACUUUUCAGACGAAUCUUCGCCAACUCGAGUAAAGAGCGUGCUUCAUCGUCGAACAACAGCCCGGCAGCGAGACAGGCUACCUCGUCCACGGUCGUUCCGUCGCCAGUUUUCAGCGCCACAAACGGACACGUGAGUCUUGUUCUCUCUGCAAACCUGCCCUCAUACUCCGCCCUUUUCAGACCGCCGAAUCUUUCUCGACCGGAGUGCUCUCGUCAGGAGAACCAUCGACAGCGAACGCGUCUUCGUCGACUCCACGGCAUUCGAUCCCAUCGGCAUCCACGCCGACCACCGCCGCCACGCAGGUCAUCGUGACAGAAGAAGAGAAGAACGAGGACUGUCUGCCGCCUCCGAUGCAGAACAUCACAAUCAACAACAUCACGAACAUGGAAGAGAAGGAAGCAAACGAUGAAUCAGGCGCCGCAGAGCCAGUAGAAGAGGCGAUUCCGGAGAAAGUGGAGAAGACGCCCGAGGAGACGGCGAGAUUCAAGAGAUCUUAUGUGCUGAUGGAGCUGGUGGAGACGGAGCAGGACUACGUGCGCGAUCUGACGUCAGUAGUCGAAGGAUAUAUCGGAAAUCUCGAGAAGAUGGACUUGCCAGCAGAUCUUGUCGGAAAGGAUAAGAUUAUCUUUGCCAACAUCGCACAGAUUCUGGACUUCCACAAAGUGUGCUUCCUAAAAGAGAUUGAAAAAUGCACGGAAAACUACGAAGCAGCUGGAGCCGCAUUUGUGAAGUACGAGAGACGGUUGCACACUCUGUACGUGAAGUACUGUCAGAACAAGCCAAAAUCCGACUACCUGGUGUCGCAGGACGACUUCGAAGGAUUCUUCGCCGAGACGAAAGCGAAACUGGGUCACAAAGUGGCACUGUGCGACCUGUUGAUCAAGCCAGUGCAGAGAAUCAUGAAGUACCAGCUGCUGCUCAAGGAUAUUCUCAAGUUCACAGAAAGAGCCAAGGACCGGCCAGAUGUGCUGAAGCAGGCGUUGCAGGUAAGGAGAGAACAGUGGCCGGACAGUUUGCGAUUGAUAUUCAUUUGCAGGUUAUGCAUGUCGUACCGAAAGCUUGCGAUGACAUGAUGCAAGUGGGUCGACUACAGAACUUUGACGGAAAUCUCGGAGCACAAGGGCGGCUCAUCCAUCAGGGAACCCUUCAGAUCAGCGAGUCAGUCGCCGGAAACACUCAGAAGUCAAAGGACCGACGCAUCUUUCUGUUCGAGCAGUCCGCAAUCAUCGCAGAUCACAUUCCACCGAAGAAGGAGUUCGGAAAUCCGACCUACAUCUUUAAGAAUCAAAUUAUGGUAGGAGGACGAAUUGUCAUGUCUCUUGACUAUAGUCUAUAGCGAACCGUUAAUUUCAGGUCAACAAGAUGGUGUUCGAGGCAAACGUGGCAGAUGAUCCAUUGCGAUUCGUCAUCAAGAGUUCCGACCCGUCACAGCCGACAAGUUUCAUCGCGAAUGCGCAGACGCAAGAGGAGAAGGAUGAGUGGAACCGGAAGAUCGGAGAGCAGCUGGACCAGCAAAAGCGACUGCUCGCGGCGCUCGUAGAUCCGAAGCGAUACAUGGGCGGAAGCGACGAUUUGUCGAGUGGCAUGGGAAGCAUGAGCUUGUAAGUCUAUCAGAAAUUUCUGUGAUCCGAUCAUCAACAUCAAUUCGUGUUCUUCAGAGGCGCUCCGGGCGGCGGUGAUAAGAAAGGAACUCCGUCGACUGCGGCAAAGUCAGCAGCCGCCACGUCGAAGAAGCCGGCGGAGUCUCCUAAGAAGGAGACCAAGUCGAAGUCGUUGUUCUCGUUCGGAAAGAAGCCGGCCAAGUCGCCGACGUCUCCGCCUCCGGUUGGAAAUUCGAAAUGAGUGCUCCGAGUGCCUAACACAACUUCCUAACCUACAGUAAUCUCUGCCGUAUCUCUCCUUCUCUUCUUCUCUCUUCCUGUCCAUCUCUCUCUUAUAGAGAGACUUCUCUUCUCUUUUCUCUCUCUCUCUCUCUCUCUCGUCGUUUCUUUUCGUUUUGUGUGAAGUCAUUUUUGUGCUAGUCAUUCUUGAGCUUUUCUGCAGGUGUUCUAGAUUGUCCAGAGUCUCCUCACCCUCCCUUUCAACAUUUUUUUUCAUUUCCUCUAAUCGUUUAUGUCUGUUGUGUACGGGUUGAUUGUCACUAACUCCUCUCCCCUAGGUCCCCCAUGUAUAUCUCGCCCUCCUCCUGGAUUACUUCCUCAUUCGGACGCCCAUUCUUCCUUUCUUGAGCCCAGUGAUGUAUAUGAACUUAUAUCUGGAAUGCUCCUCGAGCCAAUUGAGUCCCUCUUCCUCCUCUUUUUGUACCGUCCUUCCUUCUCAUGUCUGGCUAUUUCUCGCUCGCGCAUUUCUCUGAUUCUCUUGGCUAUUGUCCACCCAUCCAUAAUAUUUUUUCCUCUCUCACAUCUCCAUUCUUUUUUGUCUCAUCCAUCCAUCCAUUCAUUCAUUUUUCCUCUCAUUUGUGUAUUUUCGAAUAAAUUACUUUUGCUUGAAGUGGGAAUUGGCAUAGUGAAUCACAGAAAUGAACUUGGGUGCUGUGGGAUGCGGUGCCCUAAACGAAAACUGAAAGAAAAAAACAACGAGAAUGGGUUUCAGUUGGAAGCCGCCGCGGUGCGAAAGUUUCAGAAGGUCCGCGAGGAUCAGGUGGAUCUCGAGACUGACGAAAAGGUAAAUCAGGAGGGAAUUGGAUGGGUUUGGGAGCAGAAUAAAAGCAACUCCAAUAUCGUUUAUUCAAGACUCUGUAUCUCAUUGCUCUUUGAAACAUUGUGUGCAUUCUAUCAGUUGACCACUAUCUCCACUAGCAACUGUGAUUCAUGGUCUUUUAUAAACUGAAACCUUUUCAGGUUCUCGUAUUGGAUGUGAAAAACGGGUACGCGAAAAUCCGAAAAAGCGACGGAACUACUGGAAAAUGUCCGAAUUACUUUUUGACAAUGUCCGACAUUCCCGGAGAGAACUUUGCCGAGCAGAUACAGUAACCCUUUCCUUUCAGAAUCUUCCAACCUCUUCUUCUUUUUCUUCUUCUAGGUAUCGUCGAGAAUGGCAUCGACGAGUGGAUGAAACGAAUGUGCAGUUCAGAAGAGAAAUCCCGAGUGCAUUUGAUGUUGCCACGUCCUCCACUCAACCGGACAAUUUCGAUGUAUUUCUGGAGUUGUCGACGUGCGAACGGCCAGUGAUUGUGGAGCAGUUGAAGGAUAUAGAAGCUGUGGAAGGGCACGACGUCGAAAUGUGUCCUGUUAUUUCCUCCAGUAGGACAAGCCAUCACUUAUAAUCAGAUGAUAACUGUUCCAGAAGCCGACUUCACGGUUAUUUGGCACGGACCGGCGGUCGAUUCGAAGAGAGCGAGGAUACAGACGAAUCAGCUGAACAGUCGGCUUCUGAUAAAGAACGUGAAGAAAUGCGAUGCGGGACCGUACUCGGUCAUCGCCAGAAACUCGUUGGGAGUCACUUCCACAGUGGCUUUCCUCAACGUCAUUUCUAUUCCAGGUAACUCGAAAUCAUCAAACUUUCGCCAGAUUUCCCUUUCCAGAUCCUCCGACCGACUUCACAGUCAAAGUGACAGGUGACCACGAAGUCCGUCUGAAAUGGAAGCGAGAGGAGGAGCUUAAGUACUGCAUCGAGUUCCGGGCCUUCGGUACGCCAUCCAGAGUACCUCUUCGAAUAUUAUCUUUUUCUUUUCAGACGCCCCGGAUUCUGAAUCUUGGCAGAUCGCCUCCACGAACAUUGAAAAGACGCACGUUUCGCUGCGAAACUUUGCACGGAACAGUUACUCAUUUAGAGUUUUUGCCUACAAUACACGGGUCAGAAGCGAUCCCUCUUGUUGCAUUUGUGUUCUUUUCGAUAGAAAUCACAAAGGCAAACAAUAAAUGCGAUUCCAUUCUGAAUAAAUAAACACUCGUUCUAGCACAUUAUUUAUUAUCGGAACCAGAAAAUGAGAGAAAAAAGCAUCGGUGGAAUCACAAUGAAAUGAGGGAAAUGGACCAAAUGGACAGAGUGCAGAACUCGUAA